CCAAGGAACUUAGUGGUAACAUUAUAUUGUCAUUUGUCGUAAUUAAUUUCAGUACGUUAUAGCUUAACUUACUAUGCUUAAAUAAAUAUCGCGCUAAAGCAGGAAUGUAUUGUAUUUUUGAUAAUGUAAUAACUUUAUUUUUGCGGCGAAUUUAUCAAAAUAACAAGUAACUUCCUAGAUACGUGAUUUAACGUCAGUCGAUAGGCAGGGCAAAACCUGCCAGACCUUUGGACUGAGUUUCUCAUAUCUCUUCGAUAUAGAGGAGCAUACUACCGGGGCUGCGUUUGUGCGAAGAACACUGGACAACAAACUUCAACAUCUGCAGCUGGCUGUAAAUAAUCUUCAUCCAAAUUUGUCAAGAAGACGAACACGGACGAUUGGACACGCUUCAGGACUUGUGUACAUAUAGCCUUACACUGACAGCGUUAUGGAGGAGGAAGAGGCCCCUGUAGAUGGCGAGGUGGAGACCCCCUUUGCUGCAGAGACCUAUGCAGCUGAGGCCAUGGCUGCAGACUUGGACCCCUGGAUUGUGUUUGACUCGAGAAGAACUCCCAGAUCCGAGUUUGAUGGCUGGUUGGAGAGCAACAGGCCCUCACAAGUGUACAGAUUUGGUGAUGAGGAAGGAGGUGCUAGCCCAGUGGGGUGGAUCGCUGUGCUGGGCACAAACCACUGCCCUAGCGGUGGGGAUGUUAUGGGUCUCCAAGAGAGUUGGGAGAAACUUUUGGCCUGUGGCCGGCCAGUCAGCUUCCAGACAGUAAAGGAGCUGGCCCUGAACCACAGAGUGCUCACGGGCAAGUGGCUGAUGCACUUGGACUCUGGUUUCAAGUUGGACCAUGCCUGGGAGUGUGUGGCCAGAGCAGCCCUGGAUGGCAAGAUCUCCCUAGUUAAAGUCAGUCCCCAUAAUCCCAAGGGAGAGGGAAAGCAGGUCAUUUGUGCCUAUAACCAGAACUUCACUGACGAGAGCGAGGUUAUGAGACUGGACUCUGUCAUCCGUGCCACAGGGGUUAAAUGCCCUCUCUCCUACAAGCCAGACGUGUACACAUACCUGGGAAUCUACCGAAACAACCGCUGGAAGCUUUGUCCAACCAUAUAUGAAAGCAAAUUUGACCUGGAGUGUGUACCCAGGCGUUCCCACAUUAUCAACAAAGUCACCAAUCUUGAAGUAACAUAAGCCGCCUCUCAGAACAAGAGAAUAGCUUUGUAGGACUGUAUUGUCACAUUUUUUUUGUAUUGAAUAUAUUGUAUUCAUAAGUAAUGAAUAUUUGUAUUCUUGAGGUUCUGUUUAACACAUUAACACUUACCUGAUUGACAGGGCGGCUGAAGAAAGCCUUAAUUUGUAUGCACAUGUUCAGAAGAAAAUUUGCAUCCAAUGAAGAAUUUCUUUUUUACAAUAUACAUUUGUCUUAUUUGUUUGGCUUUAUUUUAUUUUAGUUUGUACUGAACUACGAUAAUUGCGAAAUAAAGUCUACUUUUGGAGACCA